GGGAUGCAAUCUAGUUUGCAGGCGUUUCUAUUAUAUUUGAGGCCAUCCGUGUCAUUCCGACGUUUUUGUUGCAUAGAAACCUGGCCCUCGCUGGCCCUGCCAUACCACCGAGAGGAUUGCUGAAUGAAGUGACGACAAGGUCCCGGUACUACCGAUUCAAAUCCAAGGGUUGACCCAAAUCGAGCAAUCGCCCGCCAAUAUUGCGCUCAACGAGCCUGCACAAAAAGCCCUGGUCCCCACCCUCGCAUCCAAGGCACGUUAAAUCGAAACAAGCACAUAACUGCACCUGUUCUCGACUCAUCCGCCACUUUAGGUUGGGCCACCGAUGACGGCGGAAUUCGUGCGCGAUUUUAAGAACCACAAAAUCGUUCCGGAUGUGGUUCCGGUUCCACCGGAAUCAGUGCUGCAGAUCACCUAUCCAGGAGAGCUGCAGGUAAACCUGGGCAACAUCCUGAUGCCGAGGGAGGUGAAGGACGAACCGGUCGUCAAGUGGACGGCGGAACCGAACGGUCUCUAUACGCUCUGCAUGACGGAUCCGGAUGCACCCAGCCGGACUGCUCCCAAAUUCCGAGAGUGGCACCACUGGCUGGUGGUCAACAUUCCCGGAUGUGCCAUCGACCGGGGAGAGCUGCUCUCCGAGUACAUCGGAGCCGGUCCGCCCAAGAAAACAGGCCUGCAUCGGUACGUGUUUCUGGUGUACAAACAAAACGAGCGGCUCAACUGUACGGAAAAACGGUUGAACAAUCGGAGCACCCAGGGUCGUGGCAAGUUUUCCAUCCAUAAGUUUUCCGAGAAGUACAAUUUAGGGCUGCCGGUGGCGGGAAACUUUUUCCAGGCUCAGUUCGAUGAAUAUGUGCCGAAGCUGUUUCGUCAGUUGGGACAGUUCCAGAAUGCCAUCUGAACGAUGAAAAUUUGAAAAAAAAAUAAUCGGCUCAAAUAGAAAUAUUUUUGUUGAUAAAAAAAUAAAUAAAUAAGUGCCAUUUGACAAUUGUAAUUCAGUGGGAUGGCCGGUGAGAAUUU